UAAAAAAAAGGGGAAAAAAAGGUGGUUCCCCUGCUGCACCGGGCUGAGAGCACAGCAGAGAGCUGCACAGGUAGCUACCAGCAGCAGCAGCAGCGGCAGUGGCGCUGAAAGCCUCCGCUAGUCUACCUAGAGACACUUCCCUCUCUGCGUGAUACGAUUGGAGUGUGUCGGCGAAUCCUCCCCGCAUCAUCAUAUCCCGCUCGGGUCACCUUACUGCUCGGCUACCGGCAUUUUCCAUCUCCGCGCUCCGAAGAUGAUACCUGGCAAACGAAGAGCUGCAGUCAUGUCCUUCUCGGUGGCGAUAUUUGGAGCCCUGAUGCUGCAGUCCGUCUCGUCCCAGUACGAGCCGUCAAUCGCCGCUUCUGAACACACCACACUUCCUGUGGAAGGCGACGUUUACUUACUGCAGUGCAACCUGACCAGCGCCCACAGCGUCCACCAGGAGAGCUACUGGAUGAAGAACGGGGAGGAGAUACCUGAGACACGCAGCCCAAACAGGAACACUGAAUACAAGCUGAACAAACCAAGAGGAGAAGCCGCCGGAGUGUACAUGUGUGUCUACACCUUCGAGACGGCUCCUCCAGCAAACGCCACCAUCGAAGUUAAAUCUGCUCCUGACAUCACAGGCCACAAGCGCAGUGAGAAUAAGAACGAGGGCCAGCGUGCUAUUCUCUACUGCAAAUCUGUGGGUUAUCCUCACCCUGUCUGGACCUGGCGCAAGUACGACAACGGCAUUCACAGGGAAAUCGACAACUCAAGCGGGCGCUUCUUCAUCAACAGCAGAGACAACUACACCGAGCUCCACAUUGCCAACCUGGACAUUAAUCUAGAUCCAGGCGAGUACCACUGCAAUGCCACCAACAUGCUCGGCACCCGUGAUGAGAAGAUCGUGCUGAGGGUCCGCAGUCACUUGGCCCCCCUGUGGCCUCUUCUGGGGGUUUUGGCCGAGAUCAUCAUCCUGGUCGUCAUCAUCGUCGUUUAUGAGAAGCGCAAGAAGCCUGAGGAUUUACAAGACGAUGAUGACCCAGCAGGACCAGUGAAAACUAAUUCAACCAACAACCACAAAGACAAGAAUCUCCGCCAGAGGAAUACGAACUGAGCAGCCUGUCUGCUGAGUUUCAUUACACAUGUAUUGACCAUAUGAAGGUAAACGAGAAGGGAGUCCAAACCAGUUGUUAAUAGGAUGUAUCUGCCAUUAUGAGUAUGGUUGUGGAGGAGUUAAUGAGGCAUGCCUUAUGAUUUUAUUGUGUGAGGGUGCGAAUAUGGAAUUGCUAACAUUAUAACCAUUGUUGCUGCAUGCAGUUGUUGACGUUUAUGAUUUAUUUCCCCUCUUAUCCACUAAUUUAACAUUUUUACUACUUCUAAAAUAAUGCAUGCAAGAUGUCGACCUUCUGUUUGAUACAGAAAUGGCUUUUUAUUUAUUUAUUUAUUUUGCUCUUUUCUCUGAGAGUGGCUUCAUUUAGAUAAUCUGUACUGUGUGUUUUAGAGGAAAAACAAAACUCGGCAAUGUAACAGAAAACACCACCAUAAUCUGGUAUGACAGUUGUGUACAGUUUUAUCAUUCCUCUGCAUACCAUUUUAUCUGAAAAUAUCUAUUACAUUUUAAGGGCUUUGCAAUGUCCCUCUAAAUUUGGUUAAGGUUUACUUUACUGUAUGUACUGUAUGUAUUAAAUCACUAUAACUAUGUAUCAGAUCACCAUUAAUAUAAAGACUAUUCAUAUGAUAUGAUGCACUUAAAUGUUGAGGGUAAUGAAAACCUGUAUAAACCUACUUUAGGAAAUCUGUACUAAUCAUUCUAACAUAUUGUUUUAUAAUUGUGUGUAUUGUACAGCAUGGCUAUUAUCCUAUGCAAUUAUUAUCCAUAUCAAUAUAUUGAAAAUGAUUGCAGCUUUUGAUUUCUCUGUGACAAAGCUUUAAACUAGUAGGAUCACCGUAGAGCGUUGAUGGCAUACUACACAGCUGCAUGAAUUCUCUACAGCUGGCGUGGGAGGCGGCGAAAAGAAGCCCACGUCAGGACUGACACGUGUGAAGCAAUUCUAAGAUCCCCGACUCAUUUUUAAGAAUAAAUA